CGAAUCGGAAAGAGGGUACCGACUGCUGAGAACGCCGCCGGUAGAGAGACGCCGCCGCCUCUGCCUCCAGACGCCGCUGCACCCUCCAGUUGGUCUUGUUGGGAAAUUUGGCAGAGGAAAGAGCUAUUAUAUAUAGAUAAAAUGACAGAUGUACAGAAGGGCAUGCCGAACAAACGACAUAUUGGGAGCAAGAAAAGAAACGGAAGAGCUAAAAAGAAGCAGAAGACAAUGCCUUUUAAUGAGAAAAAAGUUAGAAUAGAUAAAAAAAUGAAGAAGCUUUUUCAAAAGAGAGCAAGAGAGUACCAUUCAGAUGAUGAUGACGAGGAUAAGGAUGAUGAUUCCGUCCAGGUGGUGGAAGAGUUGGGAGACAUGGCAUUUCAUGGUAAAAAUGAUGAAUUUGAAGAUGAUACUUCUCAUGAUGAGGAAGGAGAUGUGGAGGAAAAGAAUGAUGAAUCGGAAGAUGAAGGUGGAGAAAUUCAGCCAGGAAUCACCAAGUUCAUGGAGGGAUGUAAGGCAUUCAAAAUUGCCUUCAAGAAAAUACUAAAGAAAACUGCUUCCGAUGAUGUACUGGGUCCUGUGUUAUCAGCUCAUAAGAAGCUUGUAGCAGAGAAACUUGCUGAAGAAGAAACAGAAAGGAAAGUGAAGGGUGAUGCAAAGAAGGAUAAACACUUGAUUGGAGAAAAGGGUCAUAUGAAGCCUGCUAAUUAUUUGGAUGUUCAUGAAAAGUUACUAAUAGGAAUUGCUACAAAAGGAGUGGUUAAGCUGUUCAAUGCUGUAAACAAGGCUCAACAUGCUCAAAGAGGCUUAAAUCCCGCAAGGUCAAGAGAUGAAAAAAUAAUAAAGAAGCGAAAGAAGGAUGCUUUCUUCUCUGAGUUGGGCAAGAGCUCAUCCCAGUCUGGUGGUAUUUUUCAAAAGGGUGAUACAUCUGUUGGGGCAAAAGGUAAUGAUGGUCCUGUGUGGGCUCCACUGCGGGAUAAUUACAUGUUAACCCAUCAAAAGUUGAAAGACUGGGAUAAACAGCAGGACAUGGCAGCAGGAGAUGACUUUAGGAUGGCAUCUGCGGGUUCUUCGUCCGAUGAUGAUUGAUUUCUUGGACUGGUUGGUGUUCAACCUGAAUGACCAUUGAGUGUUGUUUACUGAAGCUGCAUAUUUGUCCUGGUCAAAAUGAUCCCAAUGUUUUUUUGUAGUGGCCAGAGAGUAUUAUAACUUAUUGCAGUGCUAUUUGCAAUUACAAAAAGAAAACUUUGAAAGGCUUUGCAGUUUGUCUCAAGAAUCGCCUCCGCCUUUCCCUCGAUUUAAUCCAGCUCAGUGCCUCCUUCACCCCAAUUUUGCUUCUCUUGCAAGUUGCGCCAUAGCUUUCCUUUGCAGCAAAUGUUUUUGAUGCAAGAAAGAGUCCAUCAUGGCCUUAUCACGAUAAAGGUCAAACCCACGACUUCAUGGAUGAAACCCGUUGAAGCAUCAACAUUAACCAUUAAAAAAACUCAAUUAAGUUUCCACUCGGAGCUAAGAAUCCUGUUGCCAAGGUCCUCCAGCAAGACUAUACUUACAAAUGAUACACAAUGUCAAAUUGACUCAUUUGUCUAUCUUUCAACAUUACUUUAUAAAUGUCCCGCCAUAUAGAAGGAAUAGUUUGGUAUACUGUACUCUUUUAU